AUGAAGUUUGUGACUCUUGCUCUUGCUCUCCUUCUUGCCCUUGGUUGCCAGUCCGCCUCCCUGCAGGCCGAUGCUCCCUCUCAGCUGGAGCAUGCCCGCGGCAUCAUGAAGGUUUACCUUCAGACGAUCAAGGAGAGUGUGGACCGUGUCGCCGAAAAGAUCGAUGAUGCAGCAAUCAAGGAUGCAAUCCUCAGCCGCUCAAACUCCAUCCACGAGCAGGUCCUGGCACUCCAGACCCAGGUCGCCCCCAUGACCGAUUCUGCCGUCGCAACCCUUGAAGAAGCCACUAGGGACCUGCGUGCCUCACUCAACACCGACAUGGAGACUCUGAAGAAGGAUUUGGAGCCAAUGCGCGCUGAGCUCAACACCGUUGUCAACAAGCACAUCGAAGAGUACAAAGCAUUGCUGCAGCCCUUCAUGGAUGAGUACCGUGAAAAGCAGGCGGCGGAAAUGGCAGCAUGGAAGGCCAAGUUUGAGCCCAUCAUGGAAGAGCUGCGCGCCAAGAUUGCCGUCAACGUGGAAGAGACCAAGAGCAAACUGGUGCCAAUCAUCGAGAAAGUUAGAACAACCAUCACCGAGCGCAUGGAGACCGUGAAGGCAAUGGUGGAACCCUAUGUGCAGGAGUACAAAGAGCAGAUGAAGACGGCCUACGACAAAGUUGGAACCCUGAGGGAGACCAACUUCGAUGAGGUCAGGCAGAAGAUGGCACCACACAUGGAAUCCCUCAAGACCAACAUCGAUGCAAUGAUCGAAGAAGUCAAAAAGAUGAUGGGCCAGUAA